AUGAGACUAUCAAUACUUGUUAAAGGAUCUUGGACUUGCUCUCUAGCCAAAAUCUCCUGCAUGAUCAGUCUGUGGAUUGUUUUUGGCCUACCAGUCAGUGCCAGAGAAGUAUCCAAAAACUCUUCCACUCCUGGUGUUAUCAAACUUUACUCCUACAACGAUCUACAUGCUUCGACAAGCACCCCUAGAUCGUUCUUUGAGCAGUUUGAAAAGUCCUUCCUAGAUGGCUUUGCGCCGUUCCAGAAAUACACAACCGCUUUGAAGUAUCUGAGCAACCGAAACAAUGAGAAAAACCGAAUUAAUAUGAUCAUGCCUGAUGACUUCCGCGAAACCAUAACAUCAGCUUUCUACAGCACUGACUACUUCUCCGAUCUGAUGAAGAGCUGGAACGCCAAAACUAAUCUGUACAUAUACGACCAACAAAUCUUGAACUUCUCCACCAUGGUCAAUAUGGCGAACAUUCCGUACUACGCCAAAACCCAAGGCCUGUUCCUGCCAAUCGAAGACAUCCAUGAAAUCCUAUCGCUGUACGAAGUCUUCGCCAUGAAUGAGACCGAGCGCAUUCCGGUUUCCCAGAAAAACGCACUCAAGCUUGAUAUGACCAAACGGGCCUGCUUCAAAGAAAACCUCCGCCUGCUCAUUCAAAACAGCAAGGUCGCCAGAAAGACGUACAAAACGAUCCUUCGAGGCAUCCGCCGGGAUGGCCGACACACUCUUCUCACUGAAAUCCCUCGCAAAGCGCAGAACACCGAAGAAUGGGCCACCUGGGCACUUUCAAGAGAGUCCAACCGAGAUGUUUUCUGGUAUCUCAUAGCCGCCUUCUGCAACGACAAGAAGGAUUAUAUUGACAAGACAUCAGCCAUUACCUUUGCCGAAGAAAGCUUCCUUUUGGGCAAAAAGGCCAUCUGGCUUCGUUUCGGAUCGCCGCAACAGAAAAGUGCCGCAGGCGUUGAUCUUUCUACCUACCUCCUCUACCAAAACCCGCUCUAUGUUAAGCAGCUAGAAGUCUCCAUUGAGGAAACCCAUCGUGUCGGUGAAAUGUACUUCGGCUCGGUAAUAGAACUCUUCCCGGCCGUUGAGAUCAUCUCAAUUCGAACGCUUGGCAACAACUGCUUCAUCAAGGGCAACCUCGCUCUCGUUAACAUUAUCUUAGACUUUGAACAGAAGAGAAAGGAGAGUGGCAUGGCUCCAGUGCUGCGCGGUCUAAUUAUCAACGACUACUACUCAUUGAACAACUUUGCCAAGUCUCAAUUUAUGGGCCUUUCCAUGACAACCGCGGGCUACUACGAAGAAUUGCAAAGACGUAAAUGCUGUUUCCAGGCCAACCACACCUGUAUGUUCCCACUGGAGAACCGCGAUCCAAACUUCCUUGGCAAGUACUCUAUCCCAAUUGCUCAGGCCAAAAACACCACCCGACUAGUUUCACCAUACAAAACAUUCUUCUUUGACCACACAGUAUCUCAACUCCCCAACCUCCGUGAAAUUGUUAUCUCUAUUUCUGACACCGAAAUGCCACAGGACCUCAAAGAGUCUGAACUACCCACCUAUGUCCGAUCGUUAUCCGGUAUCACGACUGUCCGUUUAGUAGGUAUGAGUCCCACCUACAGCGGCUCCUACCUCGAUAUGCUCAAAAAGACGCUAAAGAUCAAAACACUCGCCGAACUGGACGUCUCCGGUGUCCACAUCCGCACACACGAUCUUCUUCUUGCCAUCCAAGACCCCAACAACUACGCCAGACAGACACUCAAGGCCUUUACUUUCAACUACAACGAAUCAGAAUCUGAAGCAGCCUAUCGCGAACAAAUUUCAGCCGGAGUCCCUUCCCUCUUUAACAAGCUCCUUGAAUCCCUCCCACGUCUCGCCUCUCUCAGAGUCCAAAUUAACCCAACUACUCCCGCUAUCUAUAACAUUGUGCGAGAUCUAAAGUACCUACUGAGGUGUAACACCAAAUACUCACUCAACCAACUCAAAGAUAUAAUCCGGCUAGAUUUUCUUGUCCCACUAUCGGUCGCUACCAAAGCCAACUGCAAAACCAUUACCUCCACUGUUCUAUCUGAUCUUCACCUGCCCAUUUACGAAACCUUCACCUCAAUCACCCAAUGUCCUAAUAAUGCCACCAGCGCCAAUCUCAAAUCUAUGACCAUAGACGAAUUCGUCGUCGACCUGACCGAUAUUAUCCAAAAGAGCAUUUGCUUCUAA